CAACAACGAGGCUGUAUUUAUUCUCCCGUGGGCUACAGUGUCGUCUUCAACCUUGGAGAAGGCUGGAUGCCUUGCAGCGCGAGCUGUGCUGUAGGGUUCGCACACAAGAUCUGCAUGUGAAGGGCCCCGUAUGGAUGUUGCGACUCAGUGCAAUGUGGAGGCCAGGCUGCAGAGUGGGUUCCCGUUCGGCAGCUCGCUGGAGACCGUUCCAGAGGUUUCAGAGAGUGACACAGUGGAGGAUUCGUUGAAGGACCAGAGGGAUGCACAUCCGAGCUCGUCUGAAUUGGAGUUGUUCCAGGAUGUAGACAGCCAGGGGGCAGCGAUUGCUACAUCGCAAACAGCUGUUGGCUGGACACGCAGGCCUAGGCAUGGUGUAAUGGGUGAUGAAAGGCAUACGAGGGAUGACCGUGUAUCAGCUCUAGAGAAGUCGUUCAGAGGUUUUGCUGAAAGGAAGUCUGUUGAGAUAGUUAAUCCAUGUGUUGGACUCACAUUUGAUUCGAUUGGGGAAGCAUACGAUUACUACAACCUGUAUUCGUGGGAAUGCGGUUUCGGUAUUCGGUAUGGGAAGAGCAGAACAAAUGUUAAGGGGACCAAAUCAAUGCAAGAGCUGCUUUGCGUCUGCGCGGGUAAGCCGAAGGAGGUUAACACAACAUCUUGUCGUUGCCAGUGUCCUGGGAUGGUUAGGCUUUUGAGGACUGACGACCAGGGCUGGUACAUAGCGGAAUGCCGGCUGGUGCACAACCAUAGGAUGCUUGUAAAUUGUGCUCAGAAACUACAUUUUCCGUCCCACAGGCACAUAGACAAAUACACCCGUGAAUUGGUUUCACAGCUAAGGGAGAACAAUGUGAAUCUCAGCAAGGUGUAUAGUAUAAUUGGAACUUUUUUUGGUAGAAUUGAAAAUGUGCCUUUCACAAAGCGGUGCCUCCGUACAUUGUGUGGCAAGAUAAGCAAAGAGCAAGCCGACGAUGAUGUGAAGAAGACAAUGGAGAUUUUUUCUGAGUUAAAGGAGAAGGACAGUGAGUUCACGUAUACCGUUCAGGUAGAUGCUGACAGCCGCAUACAAACUUUGUUGUGGACAAAUGGAAGGAGCAAGCUGCAGUAUCACCAUUUCGGAGACAUCGUGACAUUUGACACCACUUACAAGACAAAUCUCUAUGACAUGCCUUUUGGUAUUUUUGUCGGGGUAAACAACCAUUUCCAGAGUGUGCUAUAUGCAGGAGUUUUGAUGCGUGAUGAGAAGAUAGAGAGUUUUGAAUGGGUUUUCCGUGAAUUUGUUAAGAUGAUGGGUGGGAAGAAACCAAUUACAAUACUGACAGACCAAGCGAGGGCUAUGGAGGUGGCAAUUGGAAAUGUCUUCCCAGGGACAACACACCGAUGGUGUAAGUGGCAUGUUCUGCGCAAGGCUAAGGAGCACCUAGGGAUGCAUUAUACGAAGAAAAGUGGCUUCCGUGAGGAAUUCCAUAACCUUGUUGAUGAAAUGCUGACAGUCGCAGAAUUCGAAAAGGGUUGGCAGGAAUUGGUUGAGAAGUAUGGGUUGGUCAGCAACACUUUCCUUAUACAAGUGUACGAGGUAAGAAAGAAGUGGGCGAAACCAUACUUCAGCGGCAAAUUUUGUGCGAAACAGACCAGUACUCAAAGAAGUGAGAGUGCAAACCAUAUGUUGAAGAAUUAUGUACCCCCCGCAUGCCCCAUGAAUGUAUUUGUCAAACAAUACGGGAAGUUGCAGUAUGACAGGGAACAAGAAGAGGGGUUCCAAGAAAAAAGAACAAGCCUUGCAGGCGCAGUGAUAAAGAAUAACGAGCCAAUCGAAAGGCAUGCUAGCAAAAUAUACACCCGGGCAAUGUUUGAAAUGUUUGGAAGGGCAUUAUAUGUUGCUGGUUCAUACACUGUUGAGGAGGUGGAGCCCCAAAAGAAGUACAUUGCUGUGCAUAUGAGCCCUGAAACAAGGCCUGACUGGUACAAGCAUCGAUAUGAGGUGUCCGUGUCAGCUGACGGUAGCUACUAUACAUGCGAGUGUGGCCGUUUCGAGCACAUGGGGAUGAUCUGCUGCCACAUAUUGAAGGUGCUUAUAACAAAAAAUGUGAGGAAGAUACCAGAUAAGCAUAUUAUGAAAAGAUGGACAGUUGAUGCAAGGGACAUUCUUCCUGAUCACAUCAAGCACUACCAGAAAGACAUGGGCCCUCCGGAGGCGAUAACCUUCAGGCACUCUGCCAUGUAUAUUACUGCCCUUGAAUUGGUACACAUGGGUGACACAAACCCUGAUGCAUUUGAGUGUGUGAUGUCUGGGCUGUGUGAGCUAAAACAGAAAGCAGUCGCGCUGUGUGAUGUGAAUGAUGGGAAGAGCAUUGUUGAGAAGUCUAGGGCAUCGUCAUUGGCGAACUCUGUUGAGUCACGGCAGGCUAGUUUAGGGAAGAAGAAACAGGCGUCGGCGGAUGGCUCCGGCGUUGGUGCAUCUUGCUCUUCCAGUUCUUUUGUCCGUGGGCAGCUCUUGAAUGAGGACAGAUGUGAGGUAACGUCGAGGGCAACCGUACUAGUAGAAGACUUGCUGGCACCGGAGCGGCGGCUGAAGCGGGGGUUGCCUACAACAGCUAGAGACAAGCCACCGUAUGAGCAGAACUCGAAGAGGACUCGUUUCUGCGGAAUAUGUCGUGCUGCAGGUCACAAGCGCACUACUUGCCCACAGCGGGGGGACAGGCCGGUGAACCAAAGGAAAGAGCCGCAAUGCAGCAACUGUGGGCUGACUGGCCACAGGAAAACAAGUUGUGUGAAGCCAAUGUACAGCAUGAUUCCUAGUGUGCAAGCCAGGAUAGAAUGAGCUGCUUGAUGCUCUCCCGUCCAGGAUAGAUUCUUAAUAAACCAUAGGAGCCUAAAUUUGGUUUCCCCUUGUUUGAUUGUGUUUACAGCGUAAUGCAAAAUGCUUGGUCACUUGACCGCAACAACUUGUACUGUGUUGUCACUGCAUUGCAGCUGGUGCGUGGCAGCCUGCAAAAAAAUAAAUUUGCAUUUAUCAGCAUACAUAUAAA